AUGCCUGCACAGCAAACUGGAUCAACCAACUCGGGACACACCGUGUCGCCGCAGGACAUGAUGCGCGAAAUCAUCAGCCUUCGACAGGAGGUCCAAGUGCUCAGGAACGGAGGAGGCAACGGACAAGUCAGGGACAUCGGAGAAGCAGUCAAACCAAAACAGCCAGGACCAUUCGACGGUACUCAUGGCACGCUUCGAGACUUUCUCACCCAACUCAAAGCCUACCACCGAUUCUAUCCGACCAAGCUCUCGGACCCAGUCGAAAGAUACUCCACGCAGGAAAUUGUUUAUCUGGAACGGCACUCGCCUGACGAAGUCUUUGCCAGUUUCCAAGGAUUCGAAGAAGCCAUUACGAAGGUAUUCGGAACAACCGACGAGGAACGAGAGGCCGAACAGAAACUUCGAGAACUCCGACAAAGGAUCUCAGCAUCGGAUUAUGCUGCGAAGUUCCAAGAAGUCAAGGACGAGCUCUACAAGGAAAAUCGACCUGACAACCUCUCGGACUACAUUGCUAUGGCAGUACGAAUCGACGACAGACAGUAUGCGCGACGCCAAGAAAAGAAGCAAGGAAGAGGAAACUGGAACCCUUCCUAUGGGAACAACUUCAACCGACGCGCCAACUACAAGAAGAAGCGCGAAACUCCCAUUGCCUACGCCCACACAACUAACCCAGGCAGGAUGGACCUGGACGCAACCCAAAAAAGCAAAGGAAAGUGUUUCAACUGCGGAAACUUGGACAUUACUCCAAAGAAUGCAGACAACCUCGCAAGGAGAAGAAAACCCACUGGGCCCCAGCCCCAGAAGGUAAGAAACACCUAA